CGGCAGACAACCGAGACUCUGUACCAAUAUAGACGGGCAACUAAAAACAGCAGCCAACAACACCAGCAGCAGCAACCAACUAACCAACCAACCAGCCAGUCAAACAGCCGGAGAACAACCCCAACACAAUGCAGUGAAAAAAUACUCGAUACAGUGAAUUAAAAUGUUACAGUCAGUCACAGCCUUACACUCGAACAGGAAGGCAACCAAAGCGGCUGUUAUUUUUUUUUGAAAUAAAUCAAACGAUAUAAUGUAAAAAAACGUUUAUUUUCAAUUUAAACGCGAUAAUUUUUAUGGAAACGCGCGUGUUUUAAUGUAAAAAACGGCAAAAAAAAUUUUAUAAAUAAAGUGGCUUAAUACUAAAUACCUUAUUUUAAUGUUAGAUUUGGCUUAAAAAAACACAACAAAUUAUUAUGGAUUAACUAAAAAAAAAACAACAACUAUUAACGACAAAGCAAAUUAAAGUAGAACAACCAUUUUUUUCUUAAGCAACGAAUGAAUUUUCAAAAACGAAUGUUGGCGUUUUUUUUAAAUAAUUACAACAAUUAAAAAAUAUUUCAAAAUUAAGUGAAGUACAAAAAUUACAAAAGAAAUAUAAAAAAAAUAUAAAAUAAAAAUUUGUAUAAAAAAUUUAAAUUAAAAAAAGAAUAAUUUUUCCCUUAAGAUUUUUCAUCACUUCCAUCACAGAUUAUUACUCUCUAGACAGAGUUGAGUUUUUUAUCUGUUGAAAAUAUUAUUAUAAAUAUUAAUAAAAAAUUCAUAAAAUAAAUAAAACAAAGUGUUUUUUAAAUGUUGUUUUCUACUACUCAUUUUAUUUUCUAUACAUAUGUGUAAAAAAAGUGAAAAUAUUAAUUAUUGUCUAAAUAAAGAUAAGAAUAUUGUUUGCUUUGUUAUUUGCCAUUAAGUUUAUUAUUUAAUUUAAUAUUCAUAAAACAUGGCAAAAUAAUAGAGAAAAAAAUCUGGAAAAAAAUUAUUCUAAAAAAAUGUAAUUAAAUAAAUAAAAUAAUAAUCCUAGUGUUGUUAACAAGUUUUCCAUAAUUUAAAUAAAAUUGUUUUCCUAUAUAAAAACUAAAUACAAUUACAAAUUUGGAUAUUCAUCAAACUACCAGACAGACAUACUACCCUACAUAUAAGGAAUUUCUUUUUUGGAUUAUAUUUAAACAGAGAAAAAUCUAAAUAAAACUCGAUGAUUGUUUUAAAAUCAAUAAAACUGGAAAUUUUUAAUAUUAAUUUAAUAUCAGACACGUGAUAUUUUUAACAGAGCUAAAACUCUCCCCUAAAAAUAAAAAUAAAGUGAAAAAAAGUAAUUAAAAAUUAUUUUAAUUAUAAAUAACAGAAAAACGUCAGCAAAAUAAUAAAAACGACAAAAACAAAAAUAUGAUUGUAGAUAAAUCGGAAAAUAUGGGAGAGCAUGCUUGGACGAAGCUGCUCGACGAUAAAGAUAGUACAGGAAAAGGUGCUGUGAUUGUUAAAAUGUCCAAUAAAACCGAUAAUAGUCUCUUAAGUGAUGUACAAAAUUUACAAAACUCUAAGGAAACAAGUCCCCUAACCGGUGGCCUAAUCGACACUACAAAUACCACAAACACAACGACGACAGCGGUGACGGCGAGAAAAGUUAGUACGGGAGAUUUGGUGAGCAUGGAGACGGGCAAAGAUGGCGCCACUGAAUGUUUAACAAAAUUCACCAGAAAUGGCGAAGAGAAAAAUGUCAGUAUACAACGUAAAGAAUCAAUACUUGGUACAUUCCAUAGACAUUUAAGAAGAUCGAUAAAAGCGGUUAGUGAAUCACCGGGACCGAUAACAAGGUAUCGUCAGACACGUUUUAGUUCUCGGCGUGUACGAAAACGUGUGAUAUUCAAACAUGGUGACUGUAAUGUGGUACAAGGAAAUGUGGCCAAAAGAAGACGAAGAUAUCUACAGGUAAGUUAAAACACACAUACACACGAACA